CAGAGAGGUCCAGCAUGCUGCAGGACAACAGGUUACCAACACACUGUCCAGUAGAUGAGCAACAUCUCCGCGCAGUCUGUCCCUCUUCACUAGCCGUACUUUACGUCAUCAUAACAAGCCGACCAGUGCAGCAUGGAGGAGCUCUCCUCCCGGUGAAGGAUUUUUGACCUUCUGAAAUCAUUUCUUUCCAGUAGUUUCGGUUGAAUAGAGCCCUCCAGGAUGUCGGUGAAGCAUGCAUCAGUCCAUGCCAAAUGGAUCAUCGGUAGAGUCAUCGGGACGAAGAUGUUCAAGACCGCCAAAGUGAGAGUCACAAGGCUGGUGCUGGAUCCGUACCUGCUGAAGUACUACAACAAAAGGAAGACCUACUUCGCCCAUGAUGCUUUGCGGCAGUGCACUGUGGGAGAUAUCGUCCUUCUCAAGGCCCUGCCUGAGCCGAGGUCCAAACAUGUGAAGCAUGAACUGGCUGAGAUAGUGUAUAAAGUCGGUCGGGUAAUCGACCCGCUGACAGGAAAGAGAGUUGCAGGAACUGAGUUUGUGGAGCCUCCAACUGACCUUCCUCACAGCCCGGAGGAGGAGACGACGUUAUUAGAAAAACUGCAGGAGCUGAACAUCUCAGCCGCCUCCAGUGGGGCUGAUUCCCCACCUGCAGAGAAACCCAUUUCAUGAUAAAAAAACGGAUCUGUUAUGUUUAAAUGUCACUCUGCAAUCAUGUUUCUGUUGCAGAAUAAUAUACAGUAUAUUGAUUAAUGUGGAAAGCCUAAAUACGUUUUCUUUGCUAUGUGUAGUUUUAUUUCAAGUCACAUUUCUGGAGAAUUUACAAUAAAAAUGACAAUGAGAACACACAGUCUCAUUCAAAAACA